AUGACUUCUCAGCAGGCGGCCUACAUGGAACAGAGCAGGGCGCCUUUGGUGCAGGGUGUUAUGUGGACGAUGUCGAUAGUUCCCCUGUUUUUUGUUUGUGGUCGUUUAUAUGUGCGAGUAUGCUUGAAGCGGGUUUUUGGCUGGGAUGAUUUCAUCAUUAUUGUUGCCAUUUGUCUCCUUAUCGCAUACGCCGCUGUAUGUCAUGCCGCUACACAAGUGGGUCUUGGAAGCCAUCUGAUUGUUGUGGAAGAAAACCCGAACAAUCUUAUAUCUGUGGCCUUGCUAUGUGACAUAGGCGAAGUUUUGGCAAUCAUGGCGUGUACAUUGGGGAAAACAUCAUUUGCAGUGACACUCAUGCGAAUUGUGGUGAAGAGAUGGAUGGUGGUAUUACUAUGGUUUGUGAUUAUCACUAUGAAUCUGGUCAACAUCUUGACUGCAUUCUUUGUGUUUUUGCAAUGCAAAGACCCUCGGCAUCUGUGGAAUCCUACAAUUCCUUCCAAGUGCUGGCCUGCGGAUGUUUUUACUAACUAUUCGCUUUUUGUGGGAGCAUACUCUGGUGCUCAAGACUUUGUCCUAGCUCUUCUCCCUUGGACAAUUGUCUGGAAUUUGCAAAUGAAGAAAAAGGAGAAGUUUGGCGUGGCAUUCGCCAUGAGUCUAGGUGUAUUUGCCGGUGCAGCUGCCAUCGUCAAAACAACCUACCUUGUCGCGCUUUCAGCCAAAGCUGACUUUACAUGGGAACUCGCCCCAUUACUCUAUUGGGCUGCCGUCGAAGAUGGCCUAGCCAUCACAGCCGCCUCAAUUCCAGCACUAAAACCUCUAUUAGUGCGCAUGUUUCCAAGCUCACCAGGUGACAGCUAUAACAUGAUCUCCUACCCGCCAAAACCGCGUGGGAGGAAUGUUUUUGAUCCUUCCCAGGGAGAGACGCAGACGGAUAUUAGGCAGGGUAGUCUUCGUGAUAUGGGGAGUCAGACUGCUAUUAUUGAGCCUCAGACGCCUGGGAAAGAGAAUGAAAAUAUCAAUCUUAGGACGGAGGUUUCUGUUAGGUAUACUCGGUCUCCAUGA